AUGUGACAUGUGUAUUUGUGUGUUUGCUUGCUUGUUUGUUUUUUUGUUUUUUUUUUCUUGACACAUGCGUAGAGCUCUUUUUGGAGUUUAAAUAUUAGAACUCUCUAUCAUUAUUGUAUAGAAUAAUAGAAAAUUUUAAAAAAUGACUCCAUUUUAUAUUACUAUUAUUUAUAUUUUAUUUUGUGGAUCAUUUCAGACUCAUUUAGUAUGCCCAAACAAUAAAGAUAAUUGUUGAGCAUACUAAAUGACAAAAUGACAAUCUUCUGAUCUUUCUGAGCAGAUCCGCGAUUCUUCUGUUAGUGACUGCUAAUUCCAUUCCGAUGGGUGCGUCUAGAAGAAGCAGAGGUGAAAUUCGGAGGGAACUUUUUGGCUUGAAAAGAAAGGCAGUUGCCUUCAGACGCCAAGGGGAGAUUGAGGAGGCAGAGGAAGCACUGAAAAUGGCGAAAGUAUUGGAGGACCAAUUGGCAGAGAUGGAAGUGCCAAAAAAAGAAAUGCGAGCUGAAACCGAUAAGCAUGUGGAAAAUGAGUUCAUUAGUAAUUUUGUACAUCCUGAUCAUGCAGUCAUUGAAGAUCUUGGAACCAAUGACCACAUUGAACAUGAAAAAAUAGAUGAAACAGUUCAUAGAAACAAUAAGCCACAUGUUGAUGAAUCUGAUUCAGUUUUGGCAACUGUUUCUCGCAAUGACCAAAGUUCUGUCCGGCAAGAAAUCUUGGCUGUCAAAAGGAAGGCUGUUGCUUUAGAGAGAGGGGAAAUUGGCAGAAGCUAGGAAGGAACUUCGACAAGCAAAGCUUUUAUGCUACGUUUGGUUGGGAGAUUUGGGAAGGGAUUGGGAA